GCAAGGCUGGCAAUCAGGAGAGCUGUGGAGAUAUAAACCAGACCAGGCAGGGCACAGGGCAGAACACACUGCCAAGCAGCACUCUGAUCAGACAUGGAGUUCUUCUGUCUUUACCUGAUGGCAGCUUUCUGGUGUGCAGGAGCCGCUGCUGUCCCAGAGAAUGAAGAGGACCCGAGGUUCUGGAGGACUCAGGCCCAGGACACCCUUCGCAGAGCACUGAACCGGCAGCACAACACCAAUGUGGCCAAGAAAAUCGUCUUCUUCCUGGGAGACGGAAUGGACAUCGCCACAGUAACGGCAGCACGGAUCCUGAAAGGCCAGCUUCAGAAUCGGAGCGGAGAGGAGACUGUCCUGAGCAUGGAGAGCUUCCCUUAUACUGCCCUGUCCAAGACGUACAGUGUAGACUUCCAGAUCCCAGACAGCUCGAGUACAGCGACGGCGAUGCUCUGCGGAGUGAAGACCAACUUGAACACGGUGGGGAUCAGCGCGGCCGGCCGCAACGGGGUCUGCAGUUCGCAGAAGGGCAACGAGGUCACCUCCAUCCUCAGGUGGUCCAAGGAGGCAGGCAAGUCUGUGGGGAUCGUGACCACCACGCGGGUGCAGCAUGCCACGCCUGCCACUGCCUACGCGCACAGCGCCAGUCGCACGUGGUACUCGGACAGUGACAUGCCCUUGAGUGCCAAGAAGGCAGGGUGCCGGGACAUUGCCUACCAGCUCAUCUUCAACACCGACAUUGACGUGAUCAUCGGAGGUGGUCGGAAGUACAUGACCCCCAAGGGCACCAAGGACCCAGAGUAUCCGACUGACGUGGCGUCGCAGGGGAUUCGAGGUGACGGGAUGGACCUGAUAAAGGAGUGGCAAAAGAGAAAGCCUGGCAAGGUGGCACACUAUGUUUGGAACAAGAAAGAAUUUGAUGCUGUGGACACAAACACCACAGAUUACCUUCUCGCCCUUUUUGAACCCGGGGAUUUGAGAUUCGAGCUGGAGAGAGAUCCCACCACAGACCCGUCCCUGACAGAGAUGACUGAAAAGGCGAUCAAGAUUCUGCAGAAGAACCCCAAUGGAUUCUUCUUACUGGUGGAAGGUGGAAAGAUCGACCAGGGGCACCACGCCAGCCGUGCCGCCAUGGCGCUGCACGAGACGGUGAUGCUGGAUGAGGCCGUAGAGCGGGCACUGGAGCUGACCACAGAGGAGGACACACUGACCAUCGUCACCGCGGACCACUCGCACUCCUUCACCUUCAACGGGUUCCCCUUCAGAGGAAACCCCAUCCUGGGAAAAUCCCCAGUGUACGGGAAGGAUUUAUUGCCGUAUACAACCCUUCUUUAUGGAAACGGCCCUGGGUACAAGAUCGUCAACAACACCAGGCCUGAUAUCCGCAAAGUUGAUACAGCCUCCAAGGAUUACGUCCAGCAGUCAUCGGUGCUCUUGGACAAAGAGACCCACGGAGGGGAGGACGUGGCCGUCUUCGCUCGUGGCCCCAUGGCUCACCUCUUCCACGGCGUCCAGGAGCAGAACUACGUCGCUCAUGCUAUGGCGUAUGCCGCCUGCGUCGGGGAGAACAAGGGCCACUGCGCCAAGCCCUCAGCCUCCGCCAAUGAUAGCCCUGGCAAUGCGGGCGCCGAGCACAGUGCCAGCCGUUCAGCACAGCUUGCAGGGUUCCUUCUGAUCGCUUGUCUGCUCCACUGAAUAUUUCCAAAAGGGUCCGAAGAGUAUGAUUCUGCACGUCGUUUCCAAGCUUGACAGAUUCAGAAUAAUUUUAUAACUUUUUAUACUGUCUACAAAUACCUCUCCUGUUUGUCCCUCCCAGAUCUUUAACUUACAAAUACAGACGGAUUGGCAAAGCUAUAUAACUGUUUAGGGUUAAUAAUAGCUUUUUUCUGUUGUAUGCUGAUAAUCAAUAAAAACGAAUCUUGCUGAGCAAAAUGUAAAUGAGCUUUCUUCGACGGCAGUGGUUGGUUGCAGAGCACAUUAGAGACAGCAUCAACCGUGUCUGUCAUUUAUUGAACCAGUUCCCUUGUGGUAGUGCAGCUGCAACCCGCCCCACGUAUGUUUUUUUUAUUAUUAUUAAUUAUUAAAACUAAUACACAUUGGCACAAAUAUAAUACAACCAAUUCUUCGACGUGUUGGUAGAAAUAAGCGUCUUCUCAAACGGCACUAAUUAUAUGUUGUUUUAGAGGAACGCUGUAAACCUUAUGAAAACAACACCUUGCCCAAGAGCCGAACGCUCUUAAUUGAUUUCACAUGAGAAUGUUAACAGGGACGCUUGACUCGUCUCUCUAAUCCUCCCUCCGUUUGAUCAUGUAUUCAUACAAUCCGCGUCUCAAAUUGAGAAUCGGGGGCGGUGCGCAGAGGAGAGCUGUGUGUUGAAGUCCAAAAUCCCCCACGCAGAUCCAUUGAGGAUGCGUCAGGCCCUCCUAUCUGCACACUGAAUUCAAUCGGUGCGACGCCUGCACUAAUUCAAACUGCUUCUAGCUCCCAGCUUCUCAUUCUCUUGUCUAAUCCUCUUCGCUCCCCGCUCUCUGAACCCGUUGCUUUGUUUUUCUCCACGUCCCACUCUCUUAGUUCAGUCUUUGCCACGCUAAUUCCUCUUAUCCUGUCCCAUUUCAAUCGAAACG